ACUUUUACAAGUUCAGUUUUCUCAGUCUACUUAUUUAUACCAUUUAACAAUAGUCACGUGGUAAAUGAAUAAUAAUUUUUAAAAUCCAGCUUAACACAGACUCACAAAAAAUCAAGACCGUCUUAGAAAAGUAGAUGUAGAGGGCGCACAUACUUGUUUCAAAAAGAAUAGUGUAACUGGUUGCCUAUCUUGACUUUAAACAAAAGCCCAAAAUAGUGCUCAGCCUAAAAAUAAAAUCAAUGAAAAAAACCUUCGAAUUUCACUUCACUCCAAAAGUCCUAAGAUGCAACAUGGAGAAAAAAUGGUUGUGGUACGAUUGGAUAAACCCAAUUCCUCACACUCUUCCAGAGGUGGAUGGUAGCAAUUUUCACCAAAAGGAAUUAGCUCUCGCCGUCGAAAACAAUAACUCAACACACUUAAAACAUUUACUAGAAACAGGAGGUGGAAUCAGUUUAACCGAUGCAUGGAACAAAACUUUAAUACAUUUUGCCGUUGAUAGAAACAGGUUAGAAGCCCUUGAAGUAUUACUAAAUGCAGAUGGCGCACCGAUCGAUGCGGAGGACGGUCCUGGAGGAACUGCUCUCUUCAAUGCUUUCAAGGACCAUAAUGAGCCUGCAGCGAUAAAGUUAAUACAGAAGGGUGCAAAUAUUAACCUGACCGACCGUAAUGGAGACACACCUUUACUUCAUGCAGUUUCGUAUAACUGCUUACGAGCUUGUCAGCUUUUGCUCGCAAUGGGUGUUGAUCCAAACGUUGCAAAUUAUAGGGGGAGCACUCCUUUAAUGAAGGCUUGUGGCAGCGAGUGUAUAGAGAGUCUUUGCAUGCUUUUGUGUUAUGGUGCUGAUGCAACCCUAGCCACAACAACGCCACGCUGUGCAUCGUUGUGUUUCGCAGCGUUGGAAGUACAAGAAAUUUUGUUAGACUAUAUCUUUGAUGACUACAAAGCUCCUGUACGUCUGCCGAUUUUGAUAGAAGCUGUAGUUUUUGAUGAUCCGUGUGUCGACAUCUUAUUUGAAAAGGUUUCAGAAGUUUUGUAUACGGACCGAGAGCUUAGAGAAUUACUCCCUUACAUUCUUCCCAUGAACCCUCACUACUUGAAAUUGUUUAUGGAACUAUUUGAAGAUGCCUUGAGGGAUAUAAUUUUGGGUCGCGAUUUUCUUGGUGCAUUUCGUUCCUGCUUGGAAGAUUCAGUUACUUCGGCGCAGGAAACUUCUCGAGCAAUUGAGAAUAUGACUUUUCUGGUCAACAGUCAUCUGUCUGCUUGUAUAGUACGAAGCAUCAAUAAACGAAACCGGUCUGGGUUCCAUAAAUUUAGAAUCGGCAGUUUUUUUGAAAAUAUGGGUACCUUGAACGACAAUCAGAUGCAAAGAGUAAUGAGCAUAAUAUCACACCUCUUGACGCAAGGUGUCCGGAUUGACCAUUUUGAUGCGGGGAUUGUCUAUAUGAAGUACGGUUUUUGUUCAUUGUUUAAACAGAUGAUGUUAAUGGACAUUAGUCAAACAUCUAUGCCCCCAAAGCGCAAACUCCUUAUGCCGCAGCUUAUAUAUGAUGUUCAAUUAACGAUAGAGAAAUUUUUUUUGAACAGCGACCAAUACGUUUCUGAUUCUUUGGAUAUGGUGCUGGAACAUUUCUCCCAUCAUCGACUGAAGGAAUUUCUUUUGCACGUGAACGAUAAGUUGGAAAGGAAGGGGAAAGAAUUACCUGAAGUGCCUCUGUUGAUUGAGUUAGCGAGAAAUGAAACCCGGAAGCACCUGACGGAAUUUUAUAAUAUCAAAAAUUAUAGACAGUUGAAGUGCGUUUUGGAAAUGUUGGAACUACCUGAAACGCUGAGCAAAAUUCUCACCUACGAAAAGAAACUGUAUAAAUAAAAAUAAUGUUAGAUU